GUAGGCGUCUAGUUAACUUGCUUGCAUGUCGUCACCGCUAUCAGAGCCACCACUUCAACGCUGUAUUCGGGUCCUCCGUCUGGAUCCUUUCGUAUUUUUAUGGACUGAAUUGAAUGACGUUUUAUCACAGACAGUGCAUGAGGUAGCAUGAUUGUGGACUUGAAUAGGCUAUCAGGCAGCUUUACAAGAGGCUUGACAGUCUUGACCAGGGAGCAUGGUCCACUGUUACGUUCAAUGGUGGAGCACCCCUGCCCAAAGCCCUGGAUUGGUGGGUCGUCGAUUGUGGCAUCCUACGUUGAAUGCUCAUGACAUCACUGUGCAGAGUAGGAAGAGGACUCGUCGAUGGAGAGAUGACGUCGACAGCUCCCAGCUCGAUGGCGGGAGUAUAAGGGACGGGGAGCGAUCACAGCGAGGCUCCACCUUUGCUAGAAUCCCCCGUUUGCAACUCUGACCCGGUUCUAUUGCUCUCACGAAGUCACGACUUGAACCACGACGACCACGACUUGAACAACAACGACCAUGACCCUUCCCACCGCACCCAAGGACAUUUCUGACCACCCUACCAAGGGCUCUGUCGCCGAGCCCGUCGACAGACCCAAGCUCGAGAAGGAUGUCGACCGCAAGCUUCGUUUCUACGGCGUCAUCAGUGCCUUUAAGCAGUCACGCAUGCCUACUAACGACCAGAUCGACCACACCCUUAAAUACGUCCUCACCCACUCUCCCGUCCCCGAGAACGACCUGAGCCAAGAUGGCAAAAAACUAGUCCAAGACUCCCGCGAUAUUAUUGAGACCAUGCGUCUCAUCGUUCAGGAAAAGAACCGCGACGAGCUCUUCCAGAAUUUCGUAUGGCACACCAGGGAUACCGACUUUGACCAGGCGAAGAAGGACCCCAACGAUGUCAUCCCUGUCGACAAGGAAAAAGCUAAAUCUGACGGCCAACAGGCCGCUCAACACCUUCGCGUUCUCCUAUCUCUCAUUCUCACUAAUGCCGAGGUCCGCAAGCUUCUGAGCGACUUCUCCGUCAUUGGUCGUGACUUGCUCGCUCGAGGGGCGGGCAAGGUGGCUGAGAUGGCUCGGCCUGACCAGGAGGCACUCAGAAAGGUCAACGAGAGCGCACCCGACGAUCAGUUUGUCACCGAGGGUGGGCGUAUCGCUGGCCCUAACGAGACUCCAGUUCUCGAGGCUAAGCUUCCUGGUACCAACACCACUGUUCGUCAGAACCCUCGCGAUGAGCCAGGUACCGGUGCCAAAGUCGUGCAAGAGGACGGCACUGUCAAGAGCGGUGCCGAAGCGAAGGACGAAGUGCAGCACAAGGGCUCGGAGCUUGCAGAUCGUGCACAGUCCGAAGUUAAUCGUCAAAAGGAGGAUGUGAAUGGAACCGCGAAUGGAGCUGUGAACGGUGAAACUCUGCCGAACAACCGUGAAGAGGCAGAGGUGAAGAAGAAGGGCAUGAUGAACAAGAUGCGUGGACUGCGUGAUCAACUUACGGACCGCAUCCCACAAGAACAGAAAGACCGCGCCAAUGAUCAUGCCGAACGCAGCAAGAAGUUCUUCAUGGAAGAGUACUUCCCGGAAGAGAGACGCGAUCAGUUUAUCUAUCGUGGCAAGAAGGUAAUCGUUGAGUGUCAGAAGCACAAGGAUUAUCAGGAGGGCAUUAGGUGGCUCUUGGAGUAUUUGGGGGAGUAUGCUUCUCAUGGGCGCAGCGCCCUCAACAAUGGCAAAGAGACGCAGAAGUCCGCCACUUCUGAUAGCUCUCUGCAACAGGCUACCUCGGAGCUUCGCACUUUGCUUGAGCGGUUUGCUAAUGGGAAGAGUUUGAGUGUUAUUGGAGAUGCGUUGAGGGUCCUGUACGACGAUUCGCAGAAGGAUGAAGAGUUGAAAGAGUGGUUCAAGAGUGUAGAUGCCUACAUUCGCAAGGUUCUUCUUGAGCCGGGUUACGUCCUGGACUCUGAUUGCAAUAGUCAGGCGAAUCAGUUGCGCGAGGGUGGACGACAGUUCUAUGAUGAGAAGUACAAGAGUCACUUUGAUAAUCUCUUUUCGACUGCGGGUGAUUGGUUCCGCGCUUUCGGCGAUGACCCGCUCAACAAGCGGUUCGGUGAGGAUUGGGCUCGACUCACGAAGGAUCUGCUGUUCGACGAUGAAGGAAGUCUCAAGUUCAAGAGUGAUCUCUGGAUGGAUGUUCGGAAGGUCAUCUUGCCUAGUAUCAUCGACCAGGUCGGAUACGUGCCAAUCCCUCGUAUCGAGUACACGGAUGAUGCACUCGAUAUCGUCAUUGAGAAUCUGGCGCUGUCGGGACGUAACCUGUUCCCAAACAUUGUUUCGGUCGAGGCGCACAACUUUGUCAAGUUCAGUCCUUACAAUGCCAUCCAGGACGAAUCCUUCCACGAGUUCACCUUCACGUUCGCCCAAAUCCAAUCGGAUAUGAAAGACGUCGCUUUCUACUUCCGCAAGAAGACCGGCAUCAAACUCACCGACUCGGGUCUGGCAGAUGUCCUCCUUGGCGGGUCAGGUCUCACCGUCACAGCGCACGUUCGAUCCUCCUCGGACCCAGCUUCCGUAUUCACAGUCAAGGAUGUCCACGUCAAAGUCGACACCCUGAAAUUCAGCAUCCGUGAUUCAAAGCAUGACACGCUUUAUAAUACGUUGAGGCCGCUUGCGACAGGAUUGGUGAAGAAACAAUUGCAAAAGGCUAUCGAGGGCGCUGUCCGGACUGGGUUGGAGUAUGUGGAUGGACAACUCGUGGGAGUCAGGGAUCGCAUGAAAGAGGCGGAGGCUAGUGAGGAUAAGACCCGAACGCAGGUUUUGCAGGAGAUGUUCCAGCGCGAGAAGGACGAAGCUGCGAGUGGGAAGUCGAAGGUGGAUGAGAAGCAUGCGCAGUUCAAAGUAGUUUCUAAGAGGGAUAGCGUCAUCGUUGAUGCUGGACAUCCGUCAGGAUGGAUCAAUAGGACGACUGAGCGCGAGGAGACUGCUUUGAAGGGGAAUGAAUGGAGGAGUGAUGCGUUCAACAUCGUCUAGAUCGGGAUGGUUGUGAUGUUGGUUGGAUGAUACCCCAUAUGAUUUUGUCUUCCUUGUUUCCCCUCUUUGUUUUUCGACUUUUCCUUGUUUCAUUUUGGUGUACUCAGUCGUGGCCUAAUAUUUGUUUACUCUACGCUACAUAAUUUCUCUAUGCAUUCACGGUGACCAUGAUAGCCGUUCUGUAAAUUCUUCUGCAAUGUGAGCACCUUGGAAGUAACCCUC